UUCCCUCUACGCCCACCCUCCCUGUGCUUAACUGCUUACCCAGCAAUGUUUCCUGCACUCGCUGUUCUAUCAUUAUUGAGCUUAGCACAAGUGAGCUCGCACCAAGAGUCCGGCGACUGGAGCUGCGACUCAAACCCCGAGAUCCGACUCCAGGCCCAGUUCCGACCCGGGAUAGUCACCCUCGACGGCCAUGUCGAUGAUUGGAAGGACGUUGGUGGGUCUCAGUUUUCCCUUUUACCCGCAUUAGACCCAGAUGCUGAUGAGGAGUACAAUGGCGGCAAGAUGACCAUCAAGGCGCUGCACGAUGGGAAAGAUGUAUUCUUUAUGUUGCAAGUCGACGGGAAUUAUGCUUAUACUGACGGGGACAAUACAAAAUGCCCUUCUGUAGCUCUCAUGUUCCCAAUUGGGGAUAAUGCAACUUAUCAUAGAAUGGGUGGGUGUGAACAAGAACCGGAUACUUGCUCAAGCAAGACUUGCCAUGGCCACGAAGUUGACAUAAUGCACUUCUCAAUAGGAAAUGCUAUUCCAGGCCGGCUGUAUGGAGGCAAUCCAGUAGAUAACACUGCAGGGAAUGGGGGAGGCAGGUUUGGUCAUUUGGUUGAUGUUUAUGCAUGGAAUCCUCACUGCAGAUACUUAGAUGGUAUUGGUCCUUCAGCAAAUGAUUCUAGUGCGCAGAAUGAUUGGAAAGGUGCAUGGUGGCACAGCAGCCUGACUAGUCACUCGGGUUUUGUUAAGGAAGACAGCCCCUAUGCAUCAAAUGCUGAAUCAGGAACAUAUUACUUUGAAUUCUCUAGGCCUUUGACAACAAUGGAUCGCCUGCAACAGGAUGCCCAGUUCAGAAUUGGGAAUUCAAGUAAGGUUUCUGCAGCUCUAUGGUACCCUGUUGAUGGGAAACCUUGGCAUGGAUAAGCUGCGACUGGAUAUCGCUGGACAUAAUGGCAGGGACAGGCAGUAGUAGUUCUAAGGCUGUGGAGGAGGCUGGAAGGAGGAGCCCUUGGGAUGCAGCCACAGCCUUCUCUCUUCUGUUUUCUGUAGUGGCUUUCUGCCUGUCUGUUUUUAUCGGGCAUAGAGUCUCAAGAAGCAAGGGAGGAGUCCCUUUUACGCCUAUGGACAAUCUUUGAGAUAGGCAGGCAGCAAAUCACACAUUUUUACACUAUGUUAUUAGUCAUCUGUCCUGAAACUAUAAACCAAGUAGGAGUGUUGUGUAUUGGGUUUUUGAUUAGAAUAAUCUAUUUACUAUUUACAGAGGUUGUUACUGUUAUUAGUCUGUCAUUGUAUUGAGUGGUGACUUGAUGCCAGCGGGCAAUUAAAAGAAAAAGAAGAUUUGGAGUAAACAUAUCUAAAUUGCUUUA